UUGUAAAAUUUAAAUAACAUGAAGCUAAUUGUCAUUAUUACCUUGCUAAUGCUUUGCAGUCCAGCUUUUGCUUACCACAAAUUCUCUGAACCAUACUUCAAAAACUCAGAAGAUGUAUUUGAAUUUGUCACUAAUGGAAACCAUCAAGUAUACAUUCUAUUCAUUUACAACCCACAAUGGGCUGCAGAGGAAAUUCAUCACCCAAUGAAAGCAAGGUACGAUCUUGAAAGAUCUGAACUGCAGAAAAUUAUUGGUCAAUAUGGAAGGAAUAUUCACUACUCUGAGAUCAAUGUUGCAUCUGGAGACUUCACUCAACUACUCCAAGAAGUUGGCAUAAAUACAGCCGAUUUGGACAAGUACCCAGUCACUGUUGCUAUUGAUGAUGGACAUGGUGUCUGGGUUCAGGGCCCAAGAGAAUAUCACAGAAUCAAACAAGUAAUUGAUCAAUUUGAAGCCAACCCUGAAAGCCACUGGUACUAAAUAAUCAAUUAUUAGAUCUGAAAUGAAGUUGUUUUC